AUGUCAGCCAGCAGCCUCCUCGAACAGAGACCGAAAGGCCAAGCAAAUAAAGUGCAAAACGGAGCAGUGACCCAAAAGGAUUCCUUGAAUGAUGAUGAGUUUGAGCCUUAUCUGAACACUCAGGCCAGACAGAGCAAUGCCUAUACGGCCAUGUCUGACUCCUACAUGCCCAGCUAUUACAGCCCCUCCAUAGGAUUUUCCUACUCCCUCAACGAGGCAGCAUGGUCUACCGGCGGGGACCCUCCUAUGCCUUACCUGGCCUCCUAUGGACAGUUAAGCAACGGAGAGCCCCACUACCUCCCGGAUGCCAUGUUCGGGCAGCCGGGUCCCUUGGGAAGCAACCCCUUCUUGGGCCAGCACGGCUUCAACUUUUUCCCCAGCGGCAUCGACUUCUCGGCGUGGGGAAACAGCAGCUCUCAGGGACAGUCGGGCACGCCGCAGAGCUCCGGCUACAGCAGCAGCUAUGCCUAUGCUCCCAGCUCCCUGGGAGGAGCCGUGAUGGACGGACAGUCCCCCUUUGCGCCUGCUGCCAAUGAACCCCUGAAUAAGGCGCCCGGUAUGAACAGCCUAGACCAGGGCAUGGCAGGGUUAAAGAUCGGGGGCGCAUCUCCAGGGGGUAAUGGGGACAUGGCUCCGAAGGUGGUCGGCUCCAGCUUACCGGGAGGGGGUCCUCUCGGGCCAGUGUCUUCUGUCGGACCGCCAAGCAUGCCUCCCGUCUCCAUCGCCCCCGCCAAGCCUGCUUCGUGGGCAGACAUCGCCAGCAAGCCGGCCAAGCCUCAACCCAAGCUGAAAACCAAGGGUGGCAUGGCCGGGACGAAUUUGCCACCUCCGCCCAUUAAACACAACAUGGACAUCGGCACGUGGGACAACAAGGGCAAUGUGCCGAAAGCAGUCACGCCACAGCAGGGCCCCCCAAUUCCUAGCAAUGGGCAACCGCCCAAUCAGGCGUCUCCCCAGCCUGGAAGUACGGCGGCGGGGAACCCACAGAUGCCCCUCAGCAACGGACAGCUGGUACCUCCGGGCCCCCCGCCUCCGCCGAGUCAACAGCAGCAGGCGGGCCAGCCCACCCGCUGGGUGCCCCCGCGGAACCGAGCCAACGGGUUUGGGGACGGCGGCGGCACCGGUGCGGGGCAGUCGCCUCCCGCCUCCUCCGGAGUGGGCAUGGUUCCCGGGGUGCCUUCCGAGCCCCACCCAGUCUUAGAGAAGUUGCGUAUGGUCAACAACUACAACCCCAAGGACUUUGACUGGAACCCCAAGCAGGGCCGCGUGUUUAUCAUCAAAAGCUACUCCGAGGACGACAUCCACCGCUCCAUCAAGUACAACAUCUGGUGCAGCACGGAGCAUGGCAACAAGAGGUUGGAUGCCGCCUACCGCUCCUUGGGCGCCAAAGGGCCGCUCUACCUCCUGUUCAGCGUCAACGGCAGCGGGCACUUCUGCGGCGUGGCCGAGAUGCGCUCGGCCGUGGACUACAACACGUCUGCCGGCGUGUGGUCGCAGGACAAGUGGAAGGGGCGCUUUGAUGUGCGCUGGAUCUUCGUCAAAGACGUUCCCAACAGUCAGCUCAGACACAUCCGGCUGGAGAACAACGAGAACAAGCCGGUGACCAACUCUCGGGACACGCAGGAGGUGCCGCUGGAAAAGGCCCGGCAGGUGCUCAAGAUUAUCGCUGGCUACAAACACACCACCUCCAUCUUUGAUGACUUUUCGCACUACGAGAAGCGUCAGGAAGAGGAAGAAUGUGUGAAAAAGGAUCGCCAGGGCCGGAUCAAGUAA